AAAGUAGGGGUCGAAAAACUAGUGGCUGCGAUUCAUGUGUUGUUUUUCUGUUAUUUUGUGUGAAAAUAUAAACAAUAAUAAUGUUACUAAUUUAUUUAAAUCUCUUCAAUUCAACAUCAUUAACAUUUCAGUAAAAAAAUCACCAAUCUAAUCAAUUUAACAACUUUUUAAAAUACUUCUUCAAUUCUGAAUGAAUGACAAGGAAACACUUGAUUUCUGCUGAAACUACUGGCUGCGAAAAAAAAGUUGAAUUUUCCAACAAAAGGGGGUAAUUCGAUACCAUUUCUUCUCCCUCCAUCCGAAUGGUGCGAAACAAAAGCAUUGCAACUCAAUCGUCUUCGGGCAAUGCUAGUAGCAGCAAUAGCAGCAGCAAAUCCCCCAUCAAAAAUUCAAAAACUCACCGUAAAAGUAGCAGCAAUUGUGAAUCUAGCGUUGCAGCUGAAAUCGAUGACAGAUCGAGUCGAACCCCUUCCCCGGAUGACAGCACAGCAAUACAAGGAUCGGUGCACAAGCAGAACUUGUAUGUCGUAUCUUUUCCGAUUAUUUUUCUUUUCAACGUUUUGCGUUCGCUUAUCUAUCAGCUUUUUUGUAUAUUUCGGUAUUUGUACGGGGCUAGCACCCGAGUUAUCUAUCGGCCGCAUAAGCGUGAGUGCAAUAUCGAAAUAGUUGUUGGCACAGAGCUAGAGAGAAUUAAGGCAAAGCCCAUUGCCUCGACUAGUGUAGUUCAAUAUCCGUUUAACCAUCAUAAACACAAACAGCUGGAAAUGUCGUCAUCGAAGUCAGGCGGUGGUGGUGCCCCAACAUCCCCUGGUCCAGGUGACCCAUUGCUGGCGAAACAAAAGCACCACCAUCGUCGAGCAUUCGAGUAUAUCUCGAAGGCCUUGAAGAUCGACGAAGAAAAUGAAGGCCACAAGGAACUUGCAAUUGAAUUAUAUCGCAAAGGCAUCAAAGAACUUGAAGAUGGAAUUGCAGUCGAUUGUUGGAGUGGACGUGGUGAUGUCUGGGAAAGAGCCCAACGCUUACAUGAUAAAAUGCAGACAAACCUUUCGAUGGCCAGGGAUCGUUUACACUUUUUAGAACUUAGAAACGCCGAGCUAGAGUUAGAACAAAUGACGGUACAAGACCAAAAACAGAAAGCCAAUGCUCAUUACCAACAAACAUCGAACGCAACACAAACGCGUAAUAAAAUACAAGUUGUCCAACCAAUGAUGACAAAUACCUAUGAAAAUAAGACCACAACCAGCAAGAACAUUCCAAGUUACCUGAAAAAUAGAGUACAAACGACAAGCUCAAGACUGAGCACCACAGUCGCACCAGCUGCCACUAAAGUACCAAAACGAAUAUCAAAUACACUAUCCCCAAGUAGUACAGCAAGUGCGAAUAGAAUUACUACAAAAUUACAAACCCAAGCCUCAAGCAAAAACAUCGAUCCAGCUUCUGGACGUAAACUAACAAUCGGCACAAAAAGACCAGGCAAUCUGGGUGUGAUAAAUAAAUCUCAAACCUUGCCACGAAACAUCGGUUCAAAGGCAAACGUGAAUGGAACUCGUACACCGUUAAAAACAGCAGCAACUCCACCUGCAGUCAGAAGACAGUUUAGUACUUCUGGACGAAACACUCCACCUCAACGAUCAAGGACACCAAUUGGCUGUGGCCCCAGUAAUGGCGGCAGUGGAGCUUCAACUCCAAUGGUUAGCGUCAAGGGUGUUGAACCCAAGCUAGUACAAAUAAUUAUGGACGAAAUUGUAGAAGGCGGAGCAAAAGUUGAAUGGUCAGAUAUAGCUGGUCAAGAGGUGGCAAAGCAAGCAUUGCAAGAAAUGGUAAUUCUACCAUCAGUUCGACCCGAACUUUUUACAGGUCUUCGAGCUCCUGCUAAGGGAUUACUUCUCUUUGGACCUCCAGGAAAUGGAAAAACACUUCUAGCGCGGGCUGUUGCCACCGAAUGCAGUGCAACAUUUUUAAAUAUAUCAGCAGCCUCCUUGACAAGCAAAUAUGUGGGUGAUGGUGAAAAACUGGUGCGAGCAUUAUUCGCAGUUGCACGUGAAAUGCAACCAUCAAUCAUUUUCAUUGACGAAGUUGACUCAUUGCUCUCCGAACGCAGUUCUAACGAGCAUGAAGCAUCGAGGCGUUUAAAAACUGAAUUUCUUGUCGAAUUUGAUGGCCUGCCGGGUAACCCAGAGGGUGAUCGUAUAGUAGUUCUCGCCGCCACUAAUAGGCCACAAGAACUAGACGAAGCUGCUCUUCGCCGCUUCACCAAAAGAGUAUAUGUUUCACUCCCCGACUCAGAAACCAGAGAACUUCUACUGAAGCGUCUUCUCGAGAAGCAAGGCAGUCCGUUGGGUACUGAAUCCCUUAGACGGCUCUCAGCAAUGACCGAGGGUUACUCUGGAUCUGACUUGACUGCUUUGGCUAAAGACGCUGCCCUCGAACCCAUUCGAGAGCUCAAUGUUGAGCAAGUUAAAAUGUUAGACAUAAGCGCAGUGCGCAGCAUUACAGAGAACGAUUUUUGCAACUCUCUAAAGCGCAUUCGACGUUCAGUAGCACCACAAAGUCUCGUACUCUACGAAAAGUGGUCACAGGAAUAUGGAGACAUUACUAUUUAAAAAUUAACAUUAGUUGUUCCUUAUUAUUAUCUUAUUAGUUUAAUUUUUGAUAUUUCAUAUAUUAACUAUACUCUAUAUACAUUUAAGUUUUUCUAUCACAUUUUGUACCCGUUAGUUUUGUGUUUUUGUUUCACUAUUAUAAUUUAUAACUUACAAUUAUUAGUGUUUAUGCAUCCACUACCAACAAAAUGCCUUUCACUAGCCUUUCAAGGUGGUUGUUGUUGUUAUAACAACUUUUUCUAUUUACAAAAAAAAUCUAUAUAAUUGGUAUUUAUAAAUAGUUUUAAUUUAAAAUCGAUGUAAAUGCAUUUAAUUUAAAAAAAAACAACAACAACAAAAAAUCACUAUAAACAGAAAUAAAACAAAAACAAGAGAAAACGCUUUCACAAAACAUUAAAUUAAAAAAAUUACAAUUUUAUAAACUCACAACACACAAUAUCGUAUAUUUUUAGUACUUUUGUAUCGACAUGAUUACACACACACAAAACAAAAUUACAACAAAUUAACAAAACAAUAUUGAAAACAAACAAAUUUCAUUCAACUUUAAUCUAUUACUAAAACGUUAGUUAUUUAUUUUGUUUCUAAUCUCGGUUAGUUUGUUGCUAUGUUUAUUAUAAAAAAGAAAUAUUGUUCAAAAUAAAUUGCUAGAGUUCACAUUUAUUUAAAUUGCUAAUUAAUAGAAGUUCAUACAUUUGUUUGUUUAAGAAUGGGCGUAUUAGUUAUCUUUAGAGUGGAUAAGACAGUUUUUGAAAAAAAAAAAUCGUUUUUGGUUUAAAUUUUGAACGAAAAAACGAAAACAAAUAUUGGAAAAAUCGCCAUAAUCAUGUACAAAGAGGGAACUUGAAUUAGAAAGUAGCUGAUUUAAAAGAAAAAAAGAAGAUGAUAAAUAAUUUUAAAUAGUAUUAUAUAUACAUACCUACAUAUAUUUAUAUCGCAAUACUCUUUAAAAACAAAAUUGCUAUAUAAUAAAGUAAAUAAAAGUAUUAAUGCGCUUCGAAGCAAAAUCAAUAUAAAUUUGUACUCGUUAGACUAGACGUAGGUGUGUGCGCGUGAGUUAAUUCAUAAAAUUUUAAAAGCCAUGUAUUCCAUCCUCCAUUUAUAUAAUACAUUAUAUAUUUAGAAAUAAAUAAAAUAGUCAAAUAAUUA